UAUUCGUUGUUUUCGGUUAACAUCGUACCAAACAUAGUAUCGUUACAGUUGAUCGAUUCUUAUCGAUUCAAGAAAAGAGAUCAGCAAUGUUUGAUCAUUGCAGAUCCCAAAAAACCUCGAACGGAAACAAAUUCGUAUUUUUCUUCUUCAAUUGACAGGCAGGCAAAAAUAGGCGGACAAAAGCCUGAAAUCACCGUUGCCGUCAAUUUUUCCCCCCUUCGAAGCCAUGGGCAAAAUUCAUUCUUAACGGUUAUCAUCAUCAUUAUGAUCCAGGAUCAUCAUCACGAAUAAUCAUUUGAUUUGAAUUCGGGCAAUAAACUGAUUUCCAACGAAAAAUUGAAUUCAGUUUUUUCAAUUUAAUCUAAAACUUUUUUAUUUUCGUAACUGAAUUAUGCAACCGAAAAAGAUGAUUAUGAUUUUCUAGCAUUUUUCGAAGAAAAUUUAAUCAAAUUAAAAUGGAAACAAAAAUGAUGGCAAGAUUGCCAAUAACGAUUUUGAUCAAUCAAAGAUCAUCAUUAAUGUUAUGGUUAUCAUUGAUUUUAUUUGCUUAUUGUACAUCGUUGCCUUAUGUGUUAUCAUCAUCCUCAUCCUCAAUACCAUCAUCGAUACAAUCGAUAUCUUCAAAAACACAUCGUCUACGUGGUCAUUCUACUGGUCAUUCAUCGCGACCAUCAUCAUAUCCAACACGUUCAAUACCAACACGUUAUCAUUCAUCAAUAACAAAUUCAUCAUCAAAUCAGCCUUAUUCAACAUUAUCUUCUUCUCAAUCGCAAUCAUUAUCAUCAUCGUCAUCGACGACGAAAGUUCAUGGUGCUGUUGAUUGUAUAAUCGCCAUACAUGAUGAAAUAUCCUGGUGUAAUCAAUCAUAUUAUCAAUCAUUAACACAGGUUAUAAUAAAAGGUUAUAGAAAAGAAUCAAGAGUUUAUCGUCGUCAAUAUUGUUGUGGUCAUUGGUCAUUACAACGUUGUAUAUUUACUAUUAUGCAACGUAAAUGUGAUCAAGAAACAUAUGAUAAAAUUCGUGAUGCCCGAUCAAUGGAUUGGAGAAAUACAAAAGAUUAUUCACAACAACAAAUUAAUUGUGAUGAUUAUGAACAUAAUUCACCUGUUUGUUCAUCAACUAAACCAACAGUGACAUUAUAUUAUUCUUGUAAUUUAAUUAUGAUUCUGGUCAUCAUUACCAUUAUUACCAUGGUUUUAUGGUAGUGACCAUAAUCAUCAUCAUUAUUGACCAGAAAUCAAAAUCCGAAAAAAAAUCAUCAAAUCAAAAUCAUCCAAAAACGACUUUGCAUUGGUCAAUCAGGAUUGGAUUUCUUCUCUCUCUGCCUGUGUAUUUCGUACGUGACCAAACGAUUCACAUAAUAAUCAUCAUCGAUAUUUAAUGGUCAUGUGGUUAACGUGAUGAUGACAUUUGCUACAUUUGCUUUUUGGCCUAGAUUUUCGUUACCAAUCAUCAUCAUCAAAUGUGGAAACAAAAAAUCAAUUCUAUGCAAAUUCCUGUGUUAUGUAAUCACAUUUAUUUUUUUGGAGGAAAGGCAAAACUGAAAUCAACGAAAAAAAAAAUUUAAAUUGACUUUUGGCAAUCAAAUUUUGGUUCGAUGAAAAGCAAAAAACAUCGUUAAACGAUCCAUUGGGAUUACCAUUCGUGCAGCGCGGAGAAAACGAAGGGAAAAAGUUUCGUUUUUUGUUUUUCGUUUUGCCCAAAUCCAAAUCCAAAAAACAGAAUCAAAAAUCAACAACAAAACUGGCUUGUCAACAGUGAAAAAA